AUGGGUGUGCCUGCACACUACAACCCGACGUGCCGUGGUACUAGCCACAGGCUAGAAACAGUUGUCUAUCACAAGCAUAAGGAUGGCAAAGGAAAAGAGGCUUACGUUGUUAAGAGAUCACCAGCCGUCGGUGAGUAUUCGAUCCAAAACAUAGAUGACCCACGGAAAAAGGCAAAGAUGCCGCAUUGGUGGAAGUAUCGAAAACCGGUGGAGUUCGGUAACGGGACGGGUUGUCGCGGUUACCCGAUCCUCGUGAAUUACCAAGUGCAGCAGCAGUCAUCAGAAGUUCAUAAGAAUCUCCAUUUAUCAGAGGAAGAAGUAGCAAAAACGACAGCAGAAGACCUAGGGCUUGCUCAAGUCUCACAUUAUGUUGUGAAUGGCUGA